AGAAAUAUUCUUCUUAUUGGUCUUUAACAUAAUAAUCUUUAUAAAUAAUUGUACAAAAUUUUAAUUAUUAAGUACGCUCAAUUGUAAAAAUAAACGGAUUUUCUUCAUUUAAUUAACUCAAAACAUGUCUGAUCACAAUACAUAAAGUAAAAUUUUUCUAAUUCUAAAUUAAAAUUAUAAAAUUAAUAAAAUUAAGGAAGGCUAGCCUCUGACAGCAGACAUCGUUACAGAACCCCAUCAUGGCUUCAGAUCUGGACGAGCAGACGCUGCACGCGCUGCGUAAAGCACGGGCGCGUGACGUGGGACACAUACGUCCUGCUGGCCGCGUCCUUCUUGGACGAGGACGACGAGGAGACGAUCGUGGCAGAGCUGAAGGAGGCCUUCAGGAUGUACGAUAAGGAAGGACGCGGCUACAUCACGACCAAAGUGCUCCGGGAGAUCCUGAAGGAGCUGGACAACAAAAUAACAGAGAAGGACAUGGAUGAAAUAAUAGACGAUGUCGACGAGGAGGGCAACGGCAGGAUCGACUUUACCAACUUCAAACACCUCAUGUUAUAGCUGCUCUUAUUUGGGGGGUGAUGGGGCUAAAUAACAGCAGGCACCCCACUGCUUUAUUUGGGGUGUGAUGGGGCUAAAUAACAGCAACACCUCAUGUUAUAGCUACUCUUAUUUGGGGGUGAUGGGGCUAAAUAACAGCAAACACUUUAUGUUAUAGCUGCUCUUAUUUGGGGUGUGAUGGGGCUAAAUAACAGCAAGCACCUCAUGUUAUAGCUGCUCUUUUGAGGGUGAUGGGCUAAAUAAUAGCAGACAUCUCAUGUUAUAGCUUCUCUUAUUUGGGGCGUGAUGGGGCUAAAUAACAGCAAUCUCUUUAUGUUAUAGCUGCUCUUAUUUGGGGUGUGAUGGGGCUAAAUAACAGCAGGCACCCCAUUGCUUUAUUUGGGGCGUGAUGGGGCUAAAUAACAGCAAUCUCUUUAUGUUAUAGCUGCUCUUAUUUGGGGUGUGAUGGGGCUAAAUAACAGCAGGCACCCCACUGCUUUAUUUGGGGUGUGAUGGGGCUAAAUAGCAGCAACACAUCAUGUUAUACCUGCUCUUAUUUGGGGGUGUGAUGGGGCUAAAUAAUAGCAAGCGCCUCAUGUUAUGGUUGCUCUUAUUUCAGAAUGGUACUAAAUAAAUUAAAACUAAAAAAUAACAGCAAACACAUGUCCCGGCAAAGGUAAUGCUGAAGAUUCAAAAUACCUGCAGAAGUAUUUUGUUAUUUGAAGAGUUUACGGCCAACAAGAACAGUAAUUUUCUGAUGUGACAGCUGUUGUUAUUACCGCUGUACUUUUGUUAGAAUUGGUUAUUUUAGAGACGAAGAAUGACCAGAAAAGUAGUGCUACAUUUUUUUAAUCAUUGACACUGCCUUCUCAAUUGAGGGUUAAUAAAAAUAUCCAUAUAUUACAUUUUCAUUGAAUACCCUGUAUUUUUCUUUCUUUUUUACCGUUUAUUUGAAUGGAAGUGACCAUCAUCAAACAAUUUAAAUUGUUACAAUUAAAAUUCUCAUAAUAUUACGCAUUAAAAAUGUGUAAUGUCAGUUUACAAGUAAGGUCUAACGUCCUAUAAAUGGAACUGUCUAUGAUAUCAUUAUUAAAUUAUAUAUUAAAAUUCUUGAAUGCUAUCAUUUAUUUUUUAAGUCCUAUAAAUGGCAUUAUCUACGAUAUCAUCAUUAAAAAUGU